AGAGAGAGAUGAAGACAGAGUUUUAAUGUUUUGUUUGACACGGCUCUGUUUGUUUAUCUGGAAAGUUAGAAAUUGAAAUCUUUUGAGCUUCUGGAUAACUUGUUGUUUGGUUCUUAUAUUCAGAGUUUGAGAAAAAAAAAAAAGAAGAAAAGAAGAUAGAGUGAGAAGGGGAAGCUUUUGGGUGGUGUCAUGGGUUGGAGUAGAUGGCUGGUGAUUGUUUGUGUUUUGAUUGCAUUUUUUGGGACUGCUCUUGGAUCUCAAUCUGCAACAAACAGAGUGUUGGUGGAAAAACAGAAUGGCUCUGAGUCUGAGAGUUUAUUAUUUAUUCGAACCGAAAGAAUUGAUCCUUUGGAUGGAUUCAAGAAAUAUAAGGGAGGAUUUAACAUCACAAACAAACAUUACUGGAGUUCUGCUAUUUUCACCGGUAAAUACGGGUACAUCGUUGCAGCAGUAUGGCUUGUUUUCGGCAUUGUUUAUGCUAUAAUUCUAUUAAUCAAAUCCAUCUGUUUCACCAACAAACAAAGAAACUGGAUUAGAGGUCCUCCUCACUCAAAUGGGAACAGUUUUUGGCCUGUUCUUUCAGUGUUGGUCUUCACAAUUCUAGCAAUAGUUGCAUCAGGAGUAGUUCUUGGUGGAAGUUUGAAAUUCCAUUCGAGAGCGCAGACGGUGAAGAACAUCAUUGUAAGAACAGCACAAGAAGCAUCGAACACAAUACACAAUGUCACUGGUGCAGUACAAGCAAUGCAAGAGGAUAUGGAGCUUUACGGUGACCUCCAUGGAUCGACUAAUCUGAAUGCCACUACAAAGAAGCUCAAUGAUGAAGCCGAUAACAUACAAAGAAAGGCGAUAAAGAAUAUGCGACUUGUUAACAAGGGUCUCAAAAUACUGAAAGCAGUAACAAUUGCCACUGUGACACUAAAUUUGGCCGUCAUACUUGCUUUACUAUUGUUUUUAAUUGCAAGAACAUGGCCGACAAUGCUUCGCCGUGCUUUUUAUCUGCUAAUUGUUGUUUGUUGGCUAUUGGCAUUCCUCUUCUGGCUGUACUUUGGAUUGUAUUACUUCCUAAAUAAGUUUGCAGGUGACACAUGCAUAGCUCUCAAUGAAUAUCAACUAGACCCGCAAAACAGCACUCUGGGUACAAUCCUCCCCUGCCGACCUUCAGCUAAAUCAGUUUUGCGCGACGCAGGAAAGGGAAUUCAUGACAUAAUCGAUCAGGUUAAUGCGAACAUUUCAUCAUUACAGUCGCUAUCACUUCCCGGUCUGCAAUAUGUAUGCAAUCCUUUCUCCGGGCCACCGGAUUACACCUACCAACCGGAGAAUUGUUCUUCGAAUACGAUUCAAAUUGGAGAUAUUCCUCAAGUGCUUAAGAGAUACACAUGUUCAAACAAUGGUAGCAAUGAUUGUGUAGGAGAGUUUAUUUCGACUACUGAUUAUAAUCGAGCUGUUGUCUAUACAAAUUCAUUACAGAACAUACUAAAUAGUUAUCCCAGUGUCGAAAGACUUGUCGAUUGCCAACUAGUGAAGGAUGCAUUCUCUGAAAUACUUGUCAAUCAUUGUAAACCAUUGAAGAAGGAUGUGCAUUUGACAUGGGGUGCAUUAGCUGCAUUAUCAACAGUAAUGGUGAUACUCAUUUUGGCAUGGAUUUGUGAAGCUUGUUAUGGUAAAAGAGGAAGUAAAUAUUCUUAUGAUGGCUCUGUGGAGCCUCAUUCAACAUCAAAUGAAACUUCAGAAGCUGAUACAAGUGAAUUGGCUUCAAGAGAUAUAGAAACUAAAUUGGUACCAUAGAGAAGAAAUACAGAUGAAUACGGAGAAAUUUUCCUGCAUUUUAAUCAGAGGAUUGAGACGAUGAUUCAAAGGAAGUCGUCCACCUUCGAAGAUUUUUUCGUUUUUUUCUUUUUUUAAUACAUAUGUAUACAAAUCAUAGUUAUGAAAUUAUAAAAUUUUAAUUUGUUUGGAGAUGAGUUCGGGAAUCCUAAGCAGAAAAUGAGAAGAAUGUCUACAUAUUGAUGAUGAGAAUUAAUGCUUGGGUGGGAUGUAUGGCUGAGCAUUGUGCUAGAACAUCCCUGAAAAUUACAAGAAGCAUUUGUUCUCUUUUACAGAUAUAAUUUUCGAGC